CCGGCCCCGCGCACGCGUGGGAAAGUUGGCCUGGAACCGGCCCGACCAGUUCCGCCCGGGCGCGCGGACCGGGGCCGCAGGAAGUUGCUGCAAAAGUUUUUUGGGGGGUGCAGCUGGUGGCCCCCAGUGCGUCGGGGCCGGAUGCGCGCUGGGUAGGGUCCCCGCUGUUCCCUCCGGUGCCCGGAGGAGGGAGGAGGAGCUGCGAGAAGGAGGAGCAGGACAAGGGCUUCCCGGCCCCCGCCGUCCUGGGGCUACUAUGGCCAUGGUGACCGGCGGCUGGGGCGGCGGCGGCGGCGACACGAACGGCGUGGACAAGGCGGGCGGCUACCCGCGCGCCGCUGAGGACGAUUCGGCCUCGCCCCCCGGCGCGGCCAGCGACGCGGAGCCGGGAGACGAGGAGCGGCCGGGGCUGCAGGUGGACUGCGUGGUGUGCGGGGACAAGUCGAGCGGCAAACACUACGGCGUCUUCACCUGCGAGGGUUGCAAGAGUUUCUUCAAGCGCAGCAUCCGCCGCAACCUCAGCUACACCUGCCGGUCCAACCGUGACUGCCAGAUCGACCAGCACCAUCGCAACCAGUGCCAGUACUGCCGCCUCAAGAAGUGCUUCCGAGUUGGCAUGCGCAAGGAGGCCGUGCAGCGUGGCCGCAUCCCGCACUCGCUGCCCGGCGCGGUGGCCGCCUCCUCCGGCAGCCCCCCGGGCUCGGCGCUGGCCGUGGCAGCAGCGGCGGCCGCAGCGGCAGCAGCGGGAGGCGGCGGCGGCGGCGGGGACCUGUUCCCGGGGCAGCCGGUGUCGGAGCUGAUCGCGCAGCUGCUGCGGGCCGAGCCUUACCCGGCGGCGGCGGGGCGCUUCGGCGGCGCGGGCGCGUGCGGGGCCGGCGGAGCGGGAGGCGGCGGCGGAGCGGGAGCGGCGGGCGCCGUGCUGGGCAUCGACAACGUGUGCGAGCUGGCGGCGCGGCUGCUCUUCAGCACGGUGGAGUGGGCGCGCCACGCGCCCUUCUUCCCGGAGCUGCCGGUGGCCGAUCAGGUGGCGCUGCUGCGCCUCAGCUGGAGCGAGCUGUUCGUGCUGAACGCGGCGCAGGCCGCGCUGCCCCUGCACACGGCGCCGCUGCUGGCCGCCGCCGGCCUGCACGCCGCGCCCAUGGCCGCCGAGCGCGCCGUGGCCUUCAUGGACCAGGUGCGCGCCUUCCAGGAGCAGGUGGACAAGCUGGGCCGCCUGCAGGUGGACUCGGCCGAGUACGGCUGCCUCAAGGCCAUCGCGCUGUUCACACCGGAUGCCUGCGGCCUCUCGGACCCCGCGCACGUGGAGAGCCUGCAGGAGAAGGCGCAGGUGGCGCUGACCGAGUACGUGCGCGCCCAGUACCCGUCGCAGCCCCAGCGCUUCGGGCGCCUGCUGCUGCGCCUGCCCGCCCUGCGCGCCGUGCCCGCCUCCCUCAUCUCACAGCUCUUCUUCAUGCGCCUGGUGGGCAAGACGCCCAUCGAGACGCUGAUCCGUGACAUGCUGCUGUCGGGGAGCACCUUCAACUGGCCCUACGGCUCCGGCUAG